AUUGAGAAAAAAAACACUCUCAAACUCAAAAUCUCCAUUUUUCGUUGGAGCAACACACGUCCAGUUGUUGUUCCAUGUCUGAAAAUGCAAACUUCAUCAGUUUUCUGGCUCCCCCUGUUCUACAGGAGGAAUGGUUUGACCCAUGAACUGGCCACAGCACUCGCAGCUCACCAGAGGACUACAACAACAUACUGUGUUUUUAUGGCUAUCACUUUGGCGUAGUAACGCCGUGAACACCGCUGCAUUGUAGGCAGGAAUGAGUUUUCGAACAGCGAACCCACUGCUUAUGUGGUUUUGGAGGAGACCAACCCAGGAGCCGCUGCACCACCGCUACUGCCUGGAAUAAUUAGGCGUUUCUAUAUAUCUGUGUGUGUCCACCUCCUCUCUCCCUUCUUGGGUGUGUAAAUAAGCUGGUACUGUGAAGACCCUGGAGAGUUCCUCCCCCUCCCGCACUUCUCCACUACAACCUUCACACUUCAAAGUCCCAUGCCUGCUCAGACUCCGAUGCCGCUCUCCGUGCUGCUGGGAGGCAACGGGGAGAUGCUCAGAUGAUCCACUGGGCCAUCGUUACGUACAUCGUCCGCACAGCCUGAGAUAAGAAAGACUAACUACUGGGAGAGUGAAAGAGCCCUCUGAGGGGUGCAGUAAAUACCCUGGGAGCUCCGCCCACCAAGCCUGGCAGAAAGCUUGGCUUGUCCCUUCCCUACCAUAUCCCCUGAGAUGCCCUCUCUUCCUAACGAUGGUGAGGAUCAACGAGCGUCCCCCAUGAAGGCACCAUCUGUGGUCUCCUACCAGGGCAGUGGGAAGAGGAAGGUGCACUCAAAAAAGAAGAAAAGCUCCAUCACCGCCAACAUCACAGGCACCAAAUAUGAGAUCGUUCGGAUAGUCAUCAGUGAGAUGAGUUUCAUCAAGACCCGGGAUGAUGACGAGACCGCCAACCUCAUCUGGAAUGAUUCGGCCGUGCAGCACGAGAAAAUCGCGGAGCUCAGGAAUUAUCAGAGAAUUAACCAUUUCCCUGGCAUGGGCGAAAUCUGCCGGAAAGACUGCCUUGCAAGAAACAUGUCCAAAAUGAUCAAGUGCCAGUCUCAAGAAUACAGCUUCAUACCCAAGACCUGGAUCUUCCCUGCUGAAUACACUCAGUUCCAGAACUAUGUAAAGGAGCUGCGCAGGAAACGCAAGCAGAAGACCUUCAUCGUCAAACCUGCCAAUGGAGCCAUGGGUCACGGGAUCUCGCUUAUCCGUAACUGUGAGAAGUUGCCAGCCCAGGAGCACUUCAUCGUUCAGGAGUACCUGGACAAGCCCUUCCUGAUGGAGGGCUACAAGUUUGAUCUGCGCAUCUACAUCCUCGUCACCUCCUGCGACCCGCUGCGCAUUUUCCUCUACAACGACGGCUUGGUUCGUAUGGGAACAGAGAAAUACCACGCCCCCAGUGAAGCCAACCUGAGUCAGCUCUACAUGCAUCUGACUAACUAUUCUGUAAACAAACACAACGAAAACUUCGAGCGGGACGAGACCGUUGACAAAGGCAGCAAGAGGUCGAUCAGCUGGUUCACCGAGUUCCUCCGCAGCAACGACUACGACGUGGCCAAGUUCUGGGGUGACGUCUCUGAGCUGGUGGUUAAAACGUUAAUAGUUGCCGAGCCGCAUGUGCUGCACGCCUACCGCAUGUGUCGCCCUGGUCAGCCACCAGGGAGCGACAGUGUCUGCUUUGAGGUUCUGGGCUUUGACAUUAUCCUGGAUCGCAAACUGAAACCCUGGCUACUGGAGAUCAAUCGAGCCCCCAGCUUUGGGACUGAUCAGAAGAUUGAUUACGAUGUGAAGAAAGGGGUGCUGCUCAAUGCUCUCAAGCUCCUCAACAUAAGAGCCAGCGAUAAGAAGCGUAACCUGGCCCAGCAGAAAGCCGAGGCUCAGAGACGGCUGUACGGACACGGCUCCAUGAAGAAACUCUCAGCGACGUCCUCAGACUGGGAGAAACAGCGCCACACGCUGGAGAGAAGGCGAGAAGAGCUGAGAGAGCGACUGGCACAGGUCCGCAAGCAGAUCUCCAGGGAAGAGCAUGAAAAGCAGCAUCGGGGGAACUACAGGAGAAUUUACCCCCCAGAUGACAAGCUGCUGUUGGAAAAGUAUGAAAGCCUACUCUCCGCCGCCUUUCAGACCUUCCUUGCUGGACGAGCUGCCUCUCUGCAGAAAGAAAUGAAUAAUCCACUGAAGAGAAUGAAGGAGGAAGACAUCUUGGAUUUGUUAGAACAAUGUGAACUGGAUGACGAGAAGCUGAUGGGUAAAUCCUCCAGGCAACGAGGCCCCAAGCCCUUGACCGCCAUGCCAGAGUGCAGCCAGACACCCAGGCGCCAGCGACCCGACUAUCUGGCUGAUUUUACCAGCGCCAGCAGCGCCGACAACUCGUGUUCGUCUUCUGAUGAGGAUGAAGAGGACAGGGGGAAAUCACGAGGAGGAAGAGGUGGAGAGAAGAAGGACAAGAAGGUGUCUUACCACCUCGAGGAGAGCAAGGACAAAGACUUGGCAGAGCGUUCAGGUCGUAUUCACUGGAAACCACGGGUCAAACCACUCAAAACUAGCCCCGCCCCCUCCGCCUCACCAACACUGUCAGGUCCAAUCAGACGCUCCAUCUCUUGUCCUCGCUCCAUUGCCUCCCUCUCGUCGCCCAGCGAGGUGCGAGCGUUGUCGACUAGGCCUUCGCCCACGGUUCCCAUGGCGACUCCCCUCAUCAGGCCGAGCUCUGCCACGCUUCGAUCUCAUUCGCUGAGCCGCACUGGCUCCUCCUCCCUCCGUGUGCCUCACAGCAACAGCCUGGGGACCAUCCACGCCAACAUGGGUGAUUCUCUAGUUAACCUGAGGAGUAAAGAGCAGGAAGCAGAGCUGGUGCGUCAGACUCUGGCUGCUCUCACUGCCAUGAGGAUCAGGUUUCCAGGUAAAACCGAAGAAGAGGCCGAGGCUGUGCUGGAUGAGAUGCAUGACAACUGGAAGUAUCACAAACCAAAAGUGGCCUCCUAUUGGCUGGUGAAGCUGGACUCUACAAAACAGAGAAAGGUGUUGGACAUCGUUCGAACCAACGUACGUUCCGCGCUGCAGCGGAUCUGGAGGGAGCCGGACGUAGAGAGCCUCCACCUGUACAGGCUCUUCAACCGCGUCUUCAACCGGCUGCUGUGGAGCCACGGACAGGGUCUGUGGAACUGUUUCUCCAACACUGGGUCGUCGUGGGAGGCCGUCUUCAGUAAGAGCGCUGAGCUGGUGUCAGCCCAGGAGCUGCAGUGCUGCCGCCGGCUGGUCCAGCUGUGCAGAGACUGUCUCCUGGUCGUCUACAAGUUUGUGUCCGAGUCCCGUGGCUCUUUGACGGGACUGAGCCCUGAGUGGGACGACACCAGGUACCUGCUGCCAGCGACCUCCCACUUCACCAUGAAGUGGCCUUCAUCCAGCUCCGGCCGCAUCUCCUCAGCUACGCCACGCUCACGCAGCCUCUUUGCCGCAAGAAUGACACACGUCUGAGGUCACCGUGGCGACCCUGGCGUCUAACACCUCGUCGUUGACCUCAUCGUUGACCUCAUCAUCCUUCCAUUGACUCUAACUCAGCCACACGUCGGUGUCACCAGUCUGGGUGCGGAACAGAACUUUGAGAAGCUCCGGACAUGAAACAGGGCCCGGCCCUGGACGGAGUAACACGACGGCUGAACGACUACAGAUCGCUUAGGGGCCUGGUUUGGUUUAGUUUAGUUUAGUUUAGUCUAGUCUAGUCUAGUUAGGCCCGGCUCAGACCAGCAGACCACAGAAACCCUCGUUCCCUCAUUUUAGCCCCAGUAACACUAGACUUUGGGUUCAGACCUGUUUUCUUAACGUUACUGCUGUAUAAUAAUACGUCUUGGUACUGUAAAAGGAUACUAAUACUAAAUGAUGCAAGAAUGACUUAUUUAUUUAUUUAAUAAGUGACCCUGACUAAACAUGGUAAUGUUGAAUGUUGUUUUUUUUUCUAAGAAUAUUAUGCCUUGGUUGAUUUGAGAAAAAAAAUUAUUUAUAAAUAUUUAUUUCAUUGCUGUCAUAUUUGCAAAUGGUUCAUCAGUCACUUUAUUUAAUUUUUUUUUCUUUGCUGUUUGCAGUAACAAAGCCAGGUGACUCCUAAAGGGUUCAAUUGAAUGUCUCUUUUUCUUUCAUGAAGUGUUUUGAAUGUUAACGUAACGAAGCGCAGCUUUUUUUACCUCGUAGAGAACGGGCCGACGUCAGCAGGUGUGCAGGACGACGGGAGGACACGUGUGUGUGCGUGUGUGUGCACAUUACCACGGCGUUUGCAUGUUUAGAUUUUAGUAACUCCAGGGAAAAGAUGCGUGUCGGGAAUAUACUUGAAGUUCUGUGUUGUCAAAGGUUGUUCCGUCUCUUUGGUCUUGAUAAUUAAUGUUUGUUUUUACGAUGGUUCCUUGA